AUAAAAAAAAUAGAGGAGACAAACGCACCAAACUCUGCUGAAAAAGAGAGGGAAAACCUUCCCCUCCAAGCCCCGCUCGGCAUCCUUUUCUUGCUUCUACACGGAGAGUGAGAGAGGGCCUUUCUUUAACCAAAAAUCCUUCUCUUAAUGUCACUUUCAGUUUGUUCUUGCCUUCAUCCUCAACUACUUUACUCUUCAACUCUUUCUUGUUUUUUCUAACCAGCCCAUCACUUUACUCUGUUUAACUUGAUCCCUUUUUUCUUGCACUUCACUCUUUUCUCUUUGUUACUGACAAAACCCACAGAAAAGAAACCAAAUUUGAGUACCCAUUUGUGUUUUCUUGAGAAAACCUUGAGAAAGUAACGAUGGGAAAUUGUUUUACAAGUUCAAAGCAAUCGGUGGCAGAGUUGGCUCCUUGUGAUUUCAGCAAAUCAACCCCAGCCGUCCAAUUAUACGGUGACCCCACCAGUUCUUUCACUCUCUACCUUCAUCUUGCUCUUCUUUACAAGACUAGAGCGCUUCAAUUUACACCCACUAAUGACCCGAUUCCAGUGGUCCAAUUCGGGCCUGAAACAGUUUCAGGUUCCCGAGAGAUGAUGGUUCGGUUCAUUGAUGUGAAGUUGCCGCAACCGCCGUUGAUGGUGGUGGUGGAAGAGGGAGGUGAAACGGCAGCGUUGGUGGUUAAAAUGGUGGCGAUGCAACAUAGGAGUGUGGUGUGGCAUUUGGAGAGGAUGGUGUGGUGGAGUGAGGAUUUGGUGACACGUGGUGGGAGGAGGAAUGGUGAUCCGACUAUGGGGAGUGCGAGGAUGGAGGUGAGGAAGUUUGGGAAGAGUUAUUCACAGUUGCUAGAGAUCAUGGUUGAGCACGCGCAGAUGGAGGAGCGUGUGGUUUUUCCACUCCUCGAAACGGCUGACAGAGGGCUGUGUAAAGCUGCAAAUGAGGAGCAUGGAAGGGACCUUCCCAUCAUGAAUGGGAUCAGAGAAGACAUGAAAUCAAUUGGAGUUCUAGACACUGGGAGCAAUGACUACGGAGAGGCUCUUCGAAACCUUUCCACUCGGCUCAAAUCGUUGCUGGAACAUAGUAAAGAGCACUUCCAGGAGGAGGAGCGAGAUGUAUUACCAUUGAUGGAGGCUCUGGAACUGGGCAAAGAUCAGCAACUGAGGGUAUUGGAGCAAUGUAUUGAUGUGAUGCAAGGGACUCACUCGCAUUUGUUGAGCUUUUAUAUUGAAGGUCUUCUCCCUCGAGACGCCAUGCAGUACCUGGAUUUGAUUACAAGGUGCAAAGAGGAAAAACUCGUGGCCUCCAUGCUUCGCAGGAUUAUUGAGUAGGGUGCAGAAGUAGCUACAUUGGUAUGGUACGUAGAGUGGAAUGCUGGUUUUUUCUUAAUGUUGAUAGAGAUAAAAAGAAGUCGUGUGCUCUUAUAUAGCUGAAGCAAAAGCUAUUUGUUUUGUGGCAUGUACGGCCAGUGGUGCCAUUUCGAAACUGUUAUUUG